AUGUCCCCCGUCCAGGUCGUCAACCUCAUCUACCUCGCGCAGCUCAGCUCCGUCACCGCCACGGGCUUCAUGGCCCAGUCAAUGGCGCAGGCAGUCGGCGGGACCGACAAGACCGUGUGGUACUCGUCGUGCAUCACCAUCAUGACCGUCGCCCUGAACCCGCCCAUCAGCCAAGCCGCCGACUACUGGGGCCGGAAGCCCGUCCUCGUCGCAUUCGCACUCGCCGGCGUAGUCGGCUCACUCAUCGUAUCCCGGGCCCAGAGCUCCGGCGUGAUCAUCGCAGGCUUCGCGAUUGUCGGCCUCGGCUUCGCGUGCCAGUCCGUCGCCUUGGCUGUGUUGUCGGAGGUCCUGCCUAGGAUCCAUCGGCCGGUCGCUCAGGCAUCUGCCGGCGUCGCGUCCAGCUUGGGCGGGGUCAUGGGCCUGCUGCUUGGUGGGGGGUUGCUUCGCGAUGGGAAUCUCUCCAGGUAUCGUGUCUUCUGGUAUAUUGAGGCUGGUAUGUACGCGCUCGCAGCGGUGGGUUGUGUUGUAGGGUACAGCCCGUCGCCGCGAGAAGUACAGGUCUCUCUUAGCACGACUGAGAAGCUCAGACGCCUGGACUGGGUGGGAUACGUUCUUUUCCCCCCGGCUCUUGCGCUCUUCUCGAUGACUCUGGCGUGGUCCGACAACCCGUAUUCCUGGAGCAGUGCGAACAUCCUCGGUCCGUUCAUCAUCGGCGUCGUCGCCAUGGUCCUGUUUAUCAUUUACGAGUGUCGAUUUACGAAGGACGGUAUGCUUCACCAUGGCCUUUGGCGGAAUCGAAACUUCCCCGUCUCCCUGGUCGUGAUUCUCGUCGAGGGCCUCUCAUUCUUCGCAGCAAACUCCUACUUCUCCUAUGAAAUCACGGUGGUAUACGACGAGGAUAUUCUUUCCGCGGCUACGAACUUUGCCAUCAUGUUCUUCACGGGCCUCGUCGGCUCCCCAGUGUUUGGGUUCUGGUCCUCGAAGCGCAAGUCACUCCGGCCGCCGCUCGUCCUCGGCGGGAUCUUUCUUCUACUAUUCUUCAUUCUCCUGGCGACAGUCAAGAUUGACACACCCCGAUAUGUAUUCUGGAUCCUUCCCAUUCUACCAGGCAUCGCCCUGGCCUCCAUUGUGCCGCUGACGAUGGUCUCGGCGCAGUUUGCAGUAUCCCCGGAGCUGGUCACGCUGGCAUCAGCGUUGAUGACCACGGUCCGAAGCUUGGGAGGCGCAAUCGGCCUGGCCAUCAACAAUGCAGUCAUCAACAGCAGCCUGAAUGACGAACUCCAAAGGAAAGUCAGUGCGGCGGUGCUCCCGCUCGGACUGCCUUCCUCAUCCUUGCCCGCACUGCUUGACGCUGUGUCUUCGCAACGCAAGGACGCGGCGGCGGAGGUGCCUGGCGGUACCCCAGAAAUCGCCCAGGCGGCAGUCGCAGCGAUGAAAAGGGCAUACUUGAGCGCCUUUCGAAAUGCUUGGAUUGUCUCGGCGGCUUUCUGCGGUCUAAUGGUGAUAUGUGGGUUCCUGAUCGCAAUCUCCAGGGCGUGUCAGAAUAGCUGCUUACCACGCACAGCGUGCUAUUUUAUAGUGGAGCAGAGAGCCCAGUUCGAUACCCGCAUUGAUGCCCCUGUCACUGCCGCAUCAGUCGAGUCGCAAACCCUUGGAAGCAUGUCGCCUGCCAUUGAAAGCUCAUUCAGAGAACGCGUUGACAAAGGAACAGCUGAGCAUCACGAAGGUGGUGUCUAA